UCAUCAAUCCUACUCGAUCGAGUAAGCGGCCCGCACCAACGAUCCGUAUCCGAGUACGCACAGAUGAGGCGUAAACAGCCGAUGGUAAUAUGUUUCUCUAUUUGCUUGCGCAAUAUACGUUUAGCGAGACUAUUUUGGGCGAUCUUCAUGAUUGAACCAUCGUAUAUAUGGAUGAGGUUGCAGCGCAAAUGUUGUACGCAACGCGUCUUCAAUGCCGAUCUUGAUUCCGGGGGGAUGGGUUGCAAGAGCGGGAGGCGAUGGAAAUAUGAUAUAUAGAGUUACCUGAAGGGUGCAGCGACAUUUGAGCGACGCCUACGUCCUGCCACUGUACUUCAACAUGUUCCCAGGAAGGAGUCCUACGAUCGGGACGCUGAUCGCAGCCAUUUCGCUCGCUGGAGCCGUCAAUGCCGCCGUAACGGUGAAUAGUACGAUUCUAGUCCUUGCUCGCGACGGAAACGCGUCCUCCUCUGCGACUUCGGUGCUCGAAGGCUACGGCAUACCGUAUUACGUCGUCAAUCUAUCACUUUCCCCCACGGGAUUACCCCAGCUAAAUGCCACUCCGGACGCUGGCAAUUUCGGCGGAAUCGUCACCGUCAGCGCGAGGGACUACAAGAAUGGCGACGACUGGAAUGGAGCGCUUGUCGAUCGUCAAUGGCAGGAGCUGUACAGAUACCAGGAGGCUUUCGGAGUGCGCAUGGUUCGCUUGAACUCCUUCCCCCAUGCGGAUUUUGGUGUCCAGGCUGUGGGUGGUGCAGUAGCUACCGAUUUGCCAGUAUCGAUUACGGACGCGAAGGAAUUUGCUACUGCGAAUCUCGUGGUCGGCGCACAGAUGGGUACUGUGAACAUCACCAAGUACCCGGCCAAAAUCACAAACACGUCACUGGCUACCGAAAUCGCCCAGUUCGGAGGGUCGUCCAAGACCACCGCUGCGGUACUCAACAAGUUCCCCAGCGGACGCGAGCAGCAAGUCUGGUUCAGUGCCUUCCCGACCGACGCCUCCAUCGCAGCAAAUGUACUGUCCCACGCAUGGAUCCAUUGGCUUACUCGAGGUUUUUACCUGGGUUUCCGCCGCGUAUACUUCAACACACAGGUCGACGAUGUAUUUGUGGAGACGGAGCUGUACAAGACGAACAAGCCGUACCGGAUCAAGCCGGACGAUUUCAAGGAGCACGUCGCGUGGAUGAAAGACCUGAACAAGCGUCUUCCCGCCGGAAGCUCGUAUGUCAUUGAACUUGGCCACAACGGCAACGGGAACAUCGAAGCCGCGGUCGAGAAAGACUAUGACAAUGAUCCCGCGCUUUGCAAUCCACAAGAAGGAGUCGAGUAUGAUACGCAGAUCGAUGGGCCCCUUGAAUAUCACAAGCCCAUCGGCACAGGAAAAGACCUGUGGGACAAGAAAUUCAAAAAGUACCAGUGGACGACCGAUUGCUCGCGUCUUGACCCGCUCGAGGUCUACUUCGCCGACAAGGCCAACAUGAACGCCUACUUCCAUGUCUCGCACACCUUUACCCACGAGGACGAGACGAACGCAACCUACUCCGACGUCGUCAAGGAGAUCACCUGGAACCAGGAAUGGUUCAAGCGCGUCGGCUUCACCGACGCCACGUCCGCGUCGUACUUCUCCCCAAAUGGACUCAUCCCCCCCGGUAUCACGGGCCUGCACAACGGCGACGCGCUCCGCGCGUGGCUGGAGAACGGCAUCAAGUACGCUGUGGGCGACAACUCGCGGCCCGUCCUCAUGAACCGCGCGGAUCGCAAGUCGGACUUCCAUCCCAUCCUAUCCAAUGUCGCCGAGAACGGCUACGACGGCGUGUGGAUCAUUGGGCGAUGGGGCAGCUCGAUCUACUACAACUGCGACCUGCCCUCGUGCGACAACGACGAGUGGAAAGCCAUUGCCGGCGGCAAAGGGGAUUUCAACGCCCAGUUGGAGUACGAGAGGGAUGUCAAUGCGAAGUAUCUCCUCGGUCUGCGCUGGGAUCCAUUCAUGUUCCACCAAGCCAACAUGCGCGUCUCCGACACCAGCAAACUCACGCUCCUGGGAAAAUCGCAGAAAUGGUCCCUCCUCAUGGCGUGGACCGAAGCCGUCCUCGGAGAAGUCACGCGCCUCACCACCUGGCCUGUCAUCACGCUCAAGCACGACGAUAUCGCAAACGCCGUCAUCAAUCGCAAGACGAGGGAUGAGUGUCGUCCGAAUCUGGUGUACCAGCUUUCGGACGAUAGGAGGAGUAUCACGGGUGUGGUCGUGGGUGCGGGGGAUCUGAAGUGUAGGACGGGGAUUCCGGUGACGGUGCCGGGGCCUGUGACGAGUUUGGGUGGGGCGACGAAGGAGCAGGUUGGGAAGGAUCCGUUGACGUUGUGGGUGAGUUUGGGGGGGAGUAGGAAGACGUAUGCGUUGAGUUCGCCGGUGAAGAUUCGGUAGGGGGGUGGUGGAGGAGGUAUGAUGGUGGUCGCUUCAGUGGGGAGUGAUGGUUUUCUGAUGAACUGUGGUUUUACACCAUCUUCACUGACAUUGGGAGUGGAGGCGAUGUAGGCUCGGGAACUGUUUAUCAAUGCCUACAUACAUCGACGAAGAUUUUGCGAAGCAAGAAGAGCGUAUGAGUGGGCGAGUAGCUGCUACCUUUCGUACAAAUGCUCCAAGCCCCUUUCCCAUGAUUAAAUCCCAUCCCUCUUAUCCAAUCGCAAUCGACUUUCACGACUUGCAGGCUACACUGCUACAGGUACGACUCCCG